UCCGAUGUCCGGCCGAGCGCACGUAGUAAUCACUGUAGUUCCGCAUGGUUUUUGGGCGCCACAGUUGGCCACUCGCGCUCACUUUUAAAACCGUGGCUUUCGCUAUCCGCGUGCCCUUUCAGUCAAUAAGACGGGUCCCGCUUAUAUUUUGCGGAGCUGAUUUGGAACGCAUGCUUUCCCCUAAGGCUAAACGGGCUUGUUGCGAUAAGGUCAUGGAGCCGGUGAAGAAGAUUGGGACGCACAACGGCACGUUUCAUUGCGACGAAGUGUUUGCGUGUUUUCUCUUGAAGCAGCUGCCGGAGUACCAGGAUGCAAAGAUCAUCCGUACCCGGGACCCUAAACUGCUGGCAGAGUGUGAUGUUGUAGUGGAUGUUGGUGGUGAGUUUGAAUCUGAGAAGCACCGUUACGAUCACCACCAAAGGUCCUUUAAUGAAACUUUUCAAAGCCUGUGCCCGGAGAAGCGGUGGGUCACCAAGCUGAGCAGUGCUGGACUGGUAUACCUUCAUUUUGGACACCGUAUUCUGACACAGCUCCUGAAAGGAACUGCUGCAGAUGACCCGGCAGUGCAGGUGCUUUAUGACAAGCUUUAUGAGAAUUUUGUUGAGGAGAUUGAUGCAAUUGACAAUGGAAUCUCACAGUUCGAUGGGGAGCCUCGCUAUGCCAUGACUACAAACCUCAGCGCCAGAGUUGGACACCUCAAUCCCCGUUGGAAUGACGUGGACCAGGACACAGAGAACGGAUUCCAGAAGGCCAUGGAAAUGGUAGGCAAGGAGUUCCACGAUCGGCUCGACUUUUACUUCAAGUCCUGGCUUCCAGCACGCUCACUUGUGGAAGAAGCGAUCCGCAAGAGGACUGAGGUGGAUGCCAGUGGUGAGAUCGUCGUCUUUUCCAAAGGUGGGUGUCCAUGGAAGGAGCACCUGUUGAACCUGGAGAAAGAGUUGGGGGUCAAGCCACCUAUCAAGUAUGUGCUGUUUGCAGACCAGAAUGGGCAGUGGAGAGUGCAGUGCGUACCUGAUGGACUGAACACUUUUGAGAACAGACUCUCUCUGCCAGAGGCUUGGCGUGGCUUCCGUGAUGAAGAACUAUCCACCAUCAGCGGAAUCCCAGGCUGCAUUUUUGUUCACUCCGGUGGCUUCAUUGGUGGCAACCAAACCGAGAAAGGGGCUUUGGAGAUGGCACGCAGAGCCCUGAAGGAAGCAGCUGUCUCCAACGACACCAACUUGAGCUAGCCUUGUGCUGCCUUGUGGACUUGACUUUUAUAAUAAAACGCUAAGAAAAGACGAA